AUGUUUGUAACACCACAAAGCCUUAAAGAAAUAGAGAUAAAGGACAGAUUAUCACAAAGGCCAAAGAAAGGGCUUACUACCGAAGUCACAGUAGCAACAAGCUUACUGGCCAAGUCCCAUAAGGCAAAAAAUAUUCACUGCUUGAGUCACAGAAGCCCAGAAAACUCACUGUCGGAGUUCCAAAAGGUCAAAAACUCACUGCUGGAGUCACAAAGGCUAGAAAAUUCACUGUCGGAGUCAGAGAAGUCCAGAAAACUCACUGACGGAGUCACAAAGGCCAAAAACACACUGUUGAAACCAGUGAUAGCUUCAAUCGGUGCUUCAAUCGGUGCUGCCUCUCCACUGCUACACGAUCGAUCGGUGCUGCUCUCCACUGCUUCGAUCGAUACUGCUUCGAUCAGUGCUGCUCUCCACUGCUACACGAUCGAUCGGUGCUCCUCUCCACUGCUACACGACCGAUUUGGUGCUGCUCUCCAUUGCUGCUCUCCACUGCUACACGAUCGGUACUGUUCUCCAGUGCUACACUCCAAGGCUUCGAGUUUUCGCUACUUCUACACCAUUGUUGUUGCUGGACUGAGGGUUUGGAGGGCUGGUCUGGACUGUGGAGGUUAG